CCGCGCGGUGGCUGCCGGGAGGCGGCUCGGCGUCCCUUCAAGAUGGCGGCGGGCGGCGCAGUCCUGGCGGUGGGGUGGCGGCUGGGUUUUGGCGCCGCGCCGCGCCGGGCGCUGUGGGGCGGCUUCAGGAAGGAAAAGGAAGAACUAGAAGUAGAGAAAGUAGUUGAGCGAGAGAAAAAAGAACCCAGCUUGAUCUGUCCUCCACCACGCAGCAGAAAAUACCUUCCUCCAGAGGAUCUACAGAGUAGCCUCGAGUUUCUUGUCAAGGAGAUUUUUGGACCCUCACUUCCUGAUAAUUGGCAACAAACACCUCUAAAAGAAAAUAAGUUAAAGUAUCGCCUCCUAGCUCAGCUGGCAUCAGAACUUGGUCAUACUGUCCCUAAUUCUCAGCUCCAUUUGAUGCGUAGUGCUAAGGAUGUCUUGAAUUUCUACAGCACACCUGUGAAAGAUGUAUCAAAGUUUGACGAACUAUGUGCUGCAGAGCUACCCCCAAACCUGAAGAUUAACUGGGAACAGUGAUUCAUACCAUGAAGCAUCACUUUAUUUUGCAUGAGUUCUUAAGACAGAAUUGAUAAUUGUGAUAUCAAUCAAGGAUAUGAAUUUCAUCAAUAAAAGUUCAUUUAAUUGUCUGUCUUCA